CGCCUUCCUUCCUCGGGAGCUUUUUAGAUGUGCAUAAUCCCCGAGUUGACCCAGAAAAUAGGCAGUCGCUUCAAGAUCUGAUGCUGCAGUCUUUGUGCGCACCUCACCCAGCAAUGACGCGCGGCCCCGCGGACUCCAGGCACUGAGCGCCCCCCUCUGCCUACAUCUCCGUGCUCACCGCAGCGGACCACCGAACCGGACCAAGCCUUGAGCGGAGUAGUAACUUUUCGGGUUUUUUUUUUUGUUUUGUUUUUUUUUUCAACCUUUGCUGGAGCUGAACAGGGAGGCAUGGCAGACCACCUCAUGAUGCCCAUGAAUCACGGUUCGGCCGGCGCCAGUCUCCACGGUUACCGAAUGGGCAUGAACGGCCUGCAGGCGGGCCACCCGCCGCACGGCCAGCAGACGUCGGCCAUGCGGGCCAUGCCCGGGGGCCAGAUGAUGCACUACGGAGGCGCCCAGGCCGGCAUGGAGAUGCGUCAACGGCAGGGCAUGGUUCCCCCCGGCGGGCCCAUGAGCGGACAGAUAAACGGCGCCCAAAUGGGGCACCACCACCAGAUGAUGUACAACGGGCAGCAGCAUCACAUGCACCAGGCUCAACAACAGCAGCAGCAGCAGCAGCACCAGGUCCAGCAACAACAGCAGCACCAAGCCCAACAGAGCCAGUUCAUGAACGGGGGCCUAACAUCUCAGCAGCUCAUGGCCAGCAUGCAGCUCCAAAAACUCAACACGCAGUAUCAUGGACACCCGCUGGGUCCCAUGGGCGGCGGCGUCGGGGGCCACAUGGGCGGCCCCGCAAACCAGUACCGCAUGAACCCGGCUCAGCUGGCCAACAUGCAGCACAUGGCGGGACCGGCGCUGGCGCUGAACGGCAUGGACGCGGACAUGAUCGACGAGGAAGCGCUCACCUCGCUGGUCAUGGAGCUGGGCCUGGACCGGGUCCAGGAGCUGCCAGAACUCUUCCUCGGCCAGAACGAGUUUGACUUCAUCUCGGACUUUGUGAGCAAACAGCAGCCCAGCACGGUUAGCUGCUGAGAGGACCCCACGUCCACCCCCGCCUGCCCCUUCCCCAAACGACCCAACUAGCCUGGACCAAUGGGACGAAUACAUGGAUGGUGUGCUCAUCUCUUUUUUUAGGACCGCCGCGCCAAGGAGUCACAGCGCCGGGUGCGCAGGAGGAGAACUCUGGCGGUCCUCGUGGUUUACAGGGUGGGAGGGCUCGGCUGGCCUUCGGAGGCCUCGUCUCACUUCCCCACUUCCUGGACAUGAAUGUUUAAAAAAAUAAAACAAAACAAAAAAAAUCACAAAGCCACUCUGAACAAUGACACUGUGUUUCCUCCGAGGUGUAUUUAUUUAUAAUCGGACAUAGAGAACUCACCACCUACCGGGGCAAGUGAUUUAUUAUUUUUUUUUCCUACAUGAUUUUAUGUUAUUAGGUUCCCACCCUUGUCAUCCUACAAGCUUGGUAUUAAAAAUAAGCUCAGAAGAUCCAAAAAGGAGCCUUAAUUUGACAAGGCAUUGUCCACUUUUUGAAAGAGUUUGACGUUUUUUUUUUUGUUUGUUUUUUUUUUUUUUUUUUUAGAUGUGCUGUUCUCAAAAAUCAACUGCUUGUACUGUAUGAAGCUGUAUAACUCUGACAUGUCCACACUGUUUUGUGUUCUCAUGGAGAAGUAGAACCGCCUUAAUCACGCAGAUUCUUAUUUAUUAUUAUUGGUUGUUUAUAGUCCCUUUUUUGGGUGGAUGAGAUUUUGAAAGGAGGGAGGGAAAGUCUUUGUGAAAGGUUGUGAGGAUCAAUAAAGAUGGCCUGGAUAGAAGUGUGGCCUGCUUUUCCAUUCAUUGCGUAGCCUCUCACUCCCCCCACCAAGUAACCACCCCGCUGUCGCCCUCCCCCGGGCCCGAGCUAAGUGCUGAGGUUUAACCUGUGGGUGAAGAGACGCCUCGCUUUCUUCUGCCAUGGAAACGUGAUACAAUAUUUAUGUUUGAGGUGUGCGCCUAAAGUUAUGCAAUUGUUUGACGUGGCUGAGAAGAGUAUUCUCACUGCCGUGGCUUUUCUUGGUUUGUUUACAUUUUUCAUAUAUUCGACUGAGCUGAUAAUGCGCUCUCAUUCAUACUCAGUGUGAAUUCCCUUUUCCCUAAUGCUAGCACGUUUUGUGAAUUAUGGCAAGCGAAAUUUAGAGUGAUGUCAAUGAAUUUCACAGGUUGGUAAAAUGCCAGUCACGCAAUUUAUUUGUUUUUUUUUCAGGGGUAAUCCAUGUUAAAGUCUUCAUUUUCUAAUUUUGGGGCUCUAGAGUAGUCUGACAGACAAUUGUGUAAGAAAUCUCAAGCGACCUUUGGGGUUUGCGGUUUUUAAAAUGUUUUUAAUUUUUGGGUGUUAACGCCUAGUAAAAUGAUACAAUCCAAAGAGGAUUUGUAAUCAAUUUCAAAUCAUUCGAACUUAAUGUGCAGCAGGUGCUGGCCUUGUUAAUUUUGUCAUUUUGACACUUUAUCGUGCCUCAAUGUUGUAAAACUAUGACUUGCCACUUGUGUGAGAAAUUUCAAGUCAACAUGAUUGAUGUGUGGGCUGCAGCCAUUUGUUUUUUUUUGGGAGGGGGACCUAAUCGUUAUUAAAACUAUAUCGAAGAGCUGCUGUUUAGUGAGAAUUUUCAAGUCCCAUCAGAUUGAAGGAUUGUUGUAUUUGAGAUGUUUUGCUGCUCACUUUCAGACUUUUGAGGGUGCAGCCUU